AUGACCCAGAUCAGCGGUCCUCAGCUGACCUUCCCAGGGUCCUUCCUGUUAGGGCGCAUCCUGCAUCUCGUCUCCAUGGCCACCCUGACCCUGCGACAGAACGGAACCUCAACCCACGCUCAGUGCCCCGGACCCAAGGCAGGGCCUCCAAGGAUGCCUGUAAACCGGCCCCCGGCUUCUGUUCAUGUGGGUCCCCGCCCCAGCUCCCCUGAUGCGCAGGUCAUGGUCAUCUCUCCUAGGCCCACGUGGUCCCCGCACCCCCCCAACCCCUUCCGCAGUAAUUCUUCCCGGAGGAUGGCCCGGCCCACAGACACGGCUCGGAGCCUGAACUGUCCUGCGGCACUGGGGCUGUUUUCCUGCUUCACGUCUCACAUCCUGAUGAGACUGCCUUCUGCUCUCGGGGAGAAAUAG